AUGCCUCCCAGAAGAACCAGAGCUGCUGCUCAGGCUCAGGUCCAACCUGGCUCACUUUCUCAACUCCAUACAUCCGCGCCACUCCUCAAUCCUUCAACUGAGCCAGUCAAGCACACACUGAUAAGUGCUUUGGAACACAUGCCACCUCCUGGUCUCAUCAAAACGGAACGUGAUACGACAUCCGACUCUGAUGAAGCUCUUACUCCCAUGACAUCAGAACAAGAAGAGGAUGUCAAGACUGCCGUAGAUAAAGCUGUCAGUCGAAGUCUAUCCAAGAGGAAGAGAGCUACUAAGGAUGUAACGUAUGAAGAGGGAUCUGAAUUCUCAGCUGAGGCAAGUGAAUUAUCAGAGCUCGAAGUACAGAAGAAGACACCGAAAAGAAAAGCGGCUACUCGCCAAGUCAAAGUAAAGGCAGAAGAAGAGUUCUCGGCUGAAGAAAGUGAGCUUUCAGAACUAGAAGAACCCAAAAAGACACCCAAGAAGAAAGCCACUCCCCGGAAAGCUAAAGCUAAGGUUGAAGAAGGAGAAGAGGAAAAUGGUGAAACACCUAAAAAGGCCAAGAAGGUUACACCCAAGAAAUCAAGGAUAGCUAAAGACGAGCCUGAGUAUGACGAGGACGGUAACGAAAUUGUGAAAAAGAAGAGAAAAGCAAAGGUUCACGUUAAGAAAGUCUAUGAGAUACCUGAUGUGGAAAAGAAGACUACAACGUUCAAAGGCCGAUUAGGAUACGCUUGUUUAAACACCGUGCUGAGAGGGGAGAAGCCUGAAAGUAUCUUCUGUUCGAGAACUUGUAGAAUUGCUAGCAUUGAAGAGGAAGGCAUGGAAUUACCAAAAGGUCUAGCUUUAAUGAAUGUGCGGGAUUUGAAAACUAUGAUACAAUGGAAUGAGGACAACAAGAUUCGUUUUAUGCGGAUGUCAUCGGAGAUGUUCCCCUUCGCAUCACAUGCUAAAUACGGAUAUGAUCUCUCUUUUGCUGAUGAGGGACUGAAAGAAGCGGGAGCUCUAGCAAAGAAAUACGGACAUAGGUUGACGAUGCAUCCCGGUCAAUUCACACAGUUAGGUUCGCCUAAACCUAAUGUCAUUGAAGCCUCGAUAAGGGAACUAGAUUAUCAAUGUGAGAUUAUGGAUAGGAUGGAAAUCGGCAUAGAAGGCGUUAUGAUAAUUCAUAUGGGCGGUAUCUACGGGGAUAAGGAAAGCACUCUCGCUAGGUUCAAGGAGAAUUAUACUACGAGACUAAAAGACAAUGUGAAGAAGCGUUUGGUUCUUGAGAACGACGAGAUAUGCUACAAUGUUGAUGAUCUGAUGCCUCUAUGUAAUGAACUCAACAUUCCAAUUAUCUUUGAUUAUCACCACGAUUGGAUCUACCCGUCUUCCGAGCCACCAUCUGUCUUGAUUCCUAAAAUAGCUGAGACAUGGAAGAAACGUGGUAUACCGAUGAAACAGCAUCUCUCCGAACCACGUCCAGGUGCAGAAUCUGUGAUGGAACGACGAGCUCAUGCGGACAGAUGUAAGAGUUUGCCUGAGGAUUUGCCGGAUGAUGUUGAUCUGAUGAUUGAGGCCAAAGACAAGGAGCAAGCUGUCUUUGAGUUAUAUCGAAUAUACGGUCUUGAGGAUGUGAUUCACGACAAUUUGCGACCGCCAGAUCCCAACCCAGGUAUGCACACCAAAGGCAGAAAGAGCAGUCUGAAGAAAAAGGUGAAAGAGACAGGCGACGUCGAUUCUGAGGGUGAACCCAUCAAUCUCUCUGAUAUUGAAAAGGAAGGAGACGGCGGCACUAGGGAUACAAGCGUUGUCGAUGGACAUGUUAAAAAUGCUAUCAAUGACGCGGGGAUGGAAGUUGACGGUAUGGCGCCUGCUAUCGGCAAGAAGCCAAAAGGCCGAGCCAAGAGAAAGAGUCCAGGUGACACAGAGACUGAGCCAAAGGUGGAAGAGCAACAGACGGCAGCCAAGAAGAAGAGGACACCUAAGAAGGUCAAGAAAGAAGAAGAGAAUAAGGAAAAUCUACCGGAAGCUUCAGCUGAACAGAAGAUCGAUGGCGCGAAGGAUGUUGUAGAGGAGCAUACAAAACAGCCCGUCAAGAGGAAAGGUAGACAAAGCAAGGGGAAGGUGGAAACUUAG